CAGCCCAGACGGCUUGGCCUCCUCACCUGUUCUUCGGCAUCCACGAGUGGCCUCCUGCCACGGCCAGGCAUGGCACGCCACAGGUGGCUCCUGGGCCUGAUGGUGGCACUCUCCUUGGGCAGCAUACUGCAAGUGGCCGGCAAUUACCAGGUCAUGGACUGCUGCUUGAGGACCAGCCCGGUCCGCAUCCCCCCACAACUUGUCCACGACUACCGGGAGCAGCAGAUUCAAGAAGGCUGCCUUGUCCAGGCUGUGAUUUUCAUCACAGUGAGAGGGAGACAACUCUGCGCGCCUCCCGAUGCUGGCUGGGUGAGGCAGCUGAAGAGGAGGCUGGACCACCACCGCCGCCACCACCGCCAAGCCCAGCAACCUGCCCUGCCCUACAGCAUGGUGACGGGUCACACCUUCCUCCCCGGGCGCUUCUUUGGCCACCCAGUUUGCCCGCAGGCCAUCCUGGGCUUCCUUCUAGACUGCGGCUGGCCAGCUCGCCUCCUGGUGGAGAAGCAGCAGCUAAUCCUCACCGUAUAA